UUCUUAAGAGUCUGCGCCCUACUUAGAGGACUAGAUCGAGGGUACGAAUGCGUUUGGGAUACGGCCGCAGAAAUGUCGCCCUGCGUAACUCCAGCAUCAAAACCUGCUUGUUUGCAUGUGGUGUUUUAAGGCGUUGUUUCGUUUUAAACCUACGUGUCAUGUUAUGUCGCGAAAUCUUGGUCAGAAAUGGAUUUGGAAGAAGCUUUUCAACUGGUCGGAGAGUUUGGUGGACACCAGAAACGGAUGGUCGGUGUGUUGGUACUGCUGCAGAUCUACAUGGCGUGUCAGUGCAUGCUCAUCAUUCUCAUCGGUGCUGUACCUGAGUACCCGCUCGAGGUCGUCACGCUGAGCGGAGGAGAUUUCACGCAGUCUGCGACGUUCAAGGAAGACGUCAGCUCCAUUGUGACAGAGUGGUACCUGGUCAAGCAGGAUGCGUACAAAGUGAGCCUGGCAGGAUCGCUGUUUUUUGUUGGCGUGCUGUUUGGGAACGUGCUGUUUGGCCCGCUGUCUGAUAAAAUUGGAAGGAAACCCAUCUUCCUCAUGAGUCUGUUCUUUGAGGUGCUCUUUGCCUAUGGCAGCGCGCUGGCCCCCACUUAUGAGCUCUUCGCUCUGUCUCGACUGAUGGUGGGGAUGAUGAACGGAGGGAUGGCGCUCGUCUGCUUCAUCCUCUCACAGGAGUAUGUGGGGAAAUCCUACUGGGCUCUGACAGGCACGAUAUCCAACAUGACCUUUGCAGUGGGCAUCGCUUUGUUUGCUCUUCUUGGCUACUGCAUCAGGUCCUGGAGAAACCUGGCUGCGGCAGCUAACAGCCCCGGAGUGCUUCUCUUUCUCUUCUGCAUCAUGCUGCCUGAGUCUCCACGCUGGCUGUACUCUCAGGGCCGGACGGUGCAGGCAGAGAAAGUGCUGCAGGAUUUUGCUCGUCGGAACGGAAAAGGAAACGUGACUCUGAAGCUGCGGAAAACUCCGGGCACAACGGGCACAGAGACGCCUAAGGCUGGACUGCUGCAGCUGGUCAAGCACCGCGUGCUGCGCUGCAGGACUAUCGUCCUCAUGUACGUCUGGUACGCUUGCAGUCUGGUAUAUUAUGGACUGACAAUGAAUGCGAGCGAUGAUAAAGGGAGUCUUUUUCUCACUGUAGCCAUGUACGGCCUGGUGGAGCUGCCAGCCUACCCACUGUGCAUAUACUUCAUCAAUAAGUCCUGGUCAGGGAGACAAAAAUCUUUAGCCAGUUUUCUUAUCCUUGCCGGCCUGUGCUGUCUUCUCUCGGUGAUGGUCCCUGUUCAGCCUGGGUCUGUGUUCAGUGGCAGCUGUUUUGCUCUUUUGGGGAAGCUGAUGGUCAGUGCUGCCUUCAACAUUGUCUAUGUGUAUACGUCAGAACUUUACCCCACUGUUAUCAGGAACGCAGGGUUGGGUGUGUGCUCCAUGUCUUGUAGGGUUGGAGGUAUUUUGGCUCCCUUUGUACCCAGCAUGAAAGUGCUGCACGCGUCCAUGCCGUUCAUAGCGUUUUGUCUGACCGGUGUGUCAGCCGGAGUCAUGGGACUCCUCCUCCCAGAAACACUCAACAAGCCAAUGGCCGAGACGUUAGAGGAACUCCCUGCCCCCGUUUAUCACCGAAUGCUAGACACUCAGGUUCAUCUGCUGGCGGAUGAGCAGUUGUCUAAACGCAGAGGAUCUGAAAGUGAAUAAUACACACGCACACACACAGGCGUGAACAAAUACAACCAAGGCUGGUCAUUCGUGUACAUCAUGCCAAAUCGAAUCAUACUGUGCCGACCUGACUCACAGAAACCUUGUGUGUGAGUGUGUGUUUGAGUUUGUGUAUGUGUACGUUUGCCCGCACUUAGUGCCUUCUAUGAAAACAGCACCGAAGGGAUCAACAGAAAAAGUGGAAUCGCUCUCCAGGAGAUAAGGACAUGACCAAAUCCUGAAUAAAUAAUCCCUCAUUCCGUCUCACAAACAUGCCGUUAAUGCUGCUGCUAACGAAUAGUUCCUGUCCGAUAUCCGUGCAUCGUAGUCAUCACUGUAAUUUCACAGAAGUAAUUGACAUGAUUUACAAUGAAUUUGAUUAACGUGUCAGAAAACACUACAACAUUAAUGCUACAAUUGUGAAAUAUUUAUAAAUGCAUAAAUUGUCAGUUGUGACGGAUGUAGCCUUGCAUACCUGUACAGCUGUAUAUGUUGAAUAUAUCUCGGGGGUGUUCUCUGGAUUGGGAGGGGGAUAAUUUAAAAAUAAAAAUAAUUUGCAAAAGAAAAGAGAAUUGAUUUUUAAAAUGAAGUAAAAUGAUGAUGUUGCUAAUGAUUUUAUGGAUGUGUCUGCUACAAACGUUUAUUAAUAUUUUAUACAUAUUAAAACUUCUAUUUAACAUUGAAAA